AUGAAUGCAGGCAAUACAAGUACCCCAAAGUUUUUCAUUCUCUUGGGCUUCUCUGACCAUCCCUGGUUGGAAAUGCCACUCUUCACAAUAGUGCUUGCUGCUUACAUCUGCACACUAGUGGGAAACAUCUCGAUUAUUGUGGUAUCCAGGGUAGAUCCUCAACUUGACAGCCCCAUGUACUUCUUCCUUUCCAACCUCUCCUUCCUGGACCUUUGUUUUACUACAACCACCACCCCUCAACUGCUGCUGAACCUCUGGGGCCCUGAUAAGUCUAUCACUUAUGGAGGCUGUGUGACCCAGUUUUACACGUUUCACUUCCUGGGAGCCACUGAAUGCAUCCUCUUAGCUGUGAUGUCCUUGGAUCGUUAUGUGGCUAUCUGCAAGCCCUUGAGGUACCCAGUUAUCAUGCAACAGCAACUCUGUAUCUUCCUAGUGGUCAUGGCAUGGCUAAGUGGUUUGGCUAACUCCUUGCUUCAGUCAUCCCUCACCAUCCAGCUGCCACUUUGUGGCAACAACAAGGUAGAUGACUUCCUGUGUGAGGUCCCAGUGAUGAUCAAGAUGUCAUGUGCUGACACCACAUUCAAUGUAGCUAUGCUCUCUGUUGUGGGCACUUUCUAUUCCCUGGUUCCUUUGUCAUUUAUUCUUGUCUCCUACGGGUUCAUUGUAGCUACAGUGCUCAGAAUUCGGUCCUCAGAGGGAAAGAAGAAGGCCUUUAACACAUGUAGUUCUCAUGUUAUUGUUGUAUCUCUCUUCUAUGGACCAGUAAUUAGCAUGUAUGUGCAACCUUCUUCUACUAGCUCCCAGGAUAAGAACAAACUAAUGUCCCUUUUCUACAGUUUGGUAACUCCUAUGCUUAAUCCUUUUAUUUAUACUUUAAGGAACAAAGACAUGAAAAGGGCAAUGACGAGGCUUCUUGUCUCAUUGUACCACCAAAGAAGAGAAUAA